AGUAUUUUGUUUAGAUCAUCGACAAAAAAAAAGACAAUUAAACACAUUUUAAGGUCGUCAUUGUAAAAUAUGAUUUUGUUCUUAACUGACUUGCCUAGUUAAAUAGAGGUUAAAAAGAAGAAACCCACUUUGUAACACAACAAAAUGUGAAAGUCCAGGGGUGUGAAUACAUUCUAAAGGCACUGAUGUUUCACAGAGAAAAGCUGACCAAUACAACUAUGCAAUGCAAGAUGGCCAGUUUUGUAAUAUUAUAUGUAUUUCAUACAUAAAAUUGUGAACAUUUGUGAAAUAGAAUUCAUUGGGAAGGAAUAUGCCGAAUAUGUCACUAAUUGCACCUUAUUACCUAUAUAGUUACUACUUUUGACCAGGGCCCAUAGCUCUGGUAGUGCACAGGGAAUAGGGAGCUAUAAUAUAUAUUUCAACCCUUCCUGAUCUAUUUUACUGAUGCUAUUCCUUUCUCUCACUCGUCUGGACUGGAUCCCUGUACCUCGUCCUGUCUGGGAUGUCUCCUGUGUUCCCAUGCUGAUGUUUUUGUGUACCAUGACAACAGAGGCUAGUGCGGUGGGCGAGGCGGACACAGAGGGCAAGCCGAAGCCCAGUGUAGCAGAGGCAGAGAGAAGACCGGAGAACAAGCAGAGCUCGGAGGCAGAGAUACAACUGGAGAACAAGCAGAGCCCAGAGCCAGAAACAGAGAGAGAACCGGAGAACAAGCAGAGCCCAGAGGCAGCAGCAGCGGAGCCAGAGAGGGAGAAGUCCAGCCAGAAGACCCAGGAGCAGGCCUCAGAGCCUGGCUCCACAGAGACCCCCAUCUUCACCACCACCACUGAGGAGGAGCAGCUAGUGAAGCCCCGCCAGCGCACCUCAGCCAGCCGGGGCCUCUCACGCCUCUUCUCCUCCUUCCUCAAGCGGCGCUCACAGUGCUCAGACGUAGAGUGGGCUGAGGUCGAGAAGGCGGAGAAGGACAGGAAAGAGAAGGCAGAGGCUGGAACAAAGGAGGAAAAGUUAGAGCAGGCCAAGGGGGAGGAGAAGAAAGAGGCAGAGGAAAGGGGGGAGAAGAAAGAGGAGGAAGAAGCAGCAAAGAAAGCAGAGAAGAAGAAAGAGGAGGAAGAAGCAGCAAAGAAAUCAAAGAAGAAAGAGGAGGAAGAAGCAGCAAAGAAAGCAGAGAAGAAGAAAGAGGAGGAAGAAGCAGCAAAGAAAGCAGAGAAGAAGAAGAAGAAAGAAGAGGAAGAAGCGGCAAAGAAAGAGGCAGUGAAGAAGAAGAAAGAAGAGAAAGAGGCAGCAAAGAAAGCAGAGAAGAAGAAGAAAGAGGAAGAAGAGGCAGCAAAGAAAGCAGAGAAGAAGAAGAGAGAGGAGGAAGAAGCAGCAAAGAAAGCGAAGAAGAAAGAGGAGGAAGAGGCAGCAAAGAAAGCAGAGAAGAAGAAAAAAGAAGAGGAAGGGGUAACGAAGAAAGAGGCAGAGCAGCAGAAUCAAGAGGAAGAGGCAGCAAAGAAAAAGGAGGAGGAGAAGAAGAAAGAGGAAGAAGAGGCAGCAAAGAAAGAGGAGGAGAAGAAGAAGAAAGAGGGAGAGGCAGCAAAGAAAGCAGAGAAGAAGGAGGGAGAGGCAGCAAAGAAAGCAGAGAAGAAGAAAGAGGAGGGAGAGGCAGCAAAGAAAGCAGAGGCGAAGAAAGAGGAGGAAGAGGCAGCAAAGAAAGAGGAGGAGAAGAAGAAGAAAGAGGGAGAGGCAGCAAAGAAAGCAGAGAAGAAGGAGGGAGAGGCAGCAAAGAAAGAGGAGAAAAAGAAGAAAGAGGAGGAAGAGGCAGCAAAGAAAGCAGAGGAGAAGAAAGAGGAGGAAGAGGCAGCAAAGAAAGCAGAGAAGAAGAAGGAGGAGGAAGAGGCAGCAAAGAAGAAGAAAGAGGAGGCAGAGGAAGCAAAGAAAGAGGAGGAAGAGGCAGCAAAGAAAGCAGAGAAGAAGAAGAAAGAGGAGGAAGAGGAAGCAAAGAAAGCAGAGAAGAAGAAGAAAGAGGAGGAAGAGGAAGCAAAGAAAGAGGAGGAAGAGGCAGCAAACAAAGCAGAGAAGAAGAGGAAAGACGAAGAGGAGUCAGCAAAGAAAGCAGAGAAGAAGAAAGAGGAGGAAGGGGCAGCAAAGAAAGAGGAGAAGAAGAGAGGGGAGGGAAAGACAACGAAAAAAACGCAAAAGGGGAAGAAGAAAGAGAAAGAAAAUAAAGAGGAGGAGAAGGGGAAGAAGAACGAGGCGAAUAAAGAGGUAAAGAAGAACGAGGAGAAUAAAGAGUUAAAGAAGAAAAAACGGAAGGGCAAAAAGAAAGCAGGGGAGGAGCACAAAGCAGGGGAGCAGUCCACAACAGAGGUGCAGGUGAAAGCCCCCAUCGCGGCCCCGGAGCCAGAGCUCAGAGCAGAGGCGGAGGGGGAGGCUGAACAGGAGAGGCAGGAGGAGCCGGUAGAGGCCCAGGACCAUCACUCCAUCAGCAGUGCAGAGACACAGCCAGCACAGGCGGAGCAGAAGGUGAACCCCGAGGUAGAGAAGGAGGGGGAAGAGAAGGAGGCGGGAGUAGAGGAGAAAGAGAAGAAAGAAGAAACAGAGGAGGAGCCAGCCGAGCAGAUGGAGGAGGAGGAGGAGGGAGAGGCGAACGGAGGGGAAGGGGAGAACACUAAUGGAGAAGACAAGAUGGCUUUAGCAGAGGAGCCCAAACCCUCCAAGCGUCCGCGGAUCAUGCAGUGUAAAGUCACCCUCCUGGACGACACUCUGUUUGAGUGUGAGCUCGAUAAACAUGCGACGGGCUCGGAUCUGUUUGUGAAGGUGUGUGACCACCUCAACCUGCUGGAGAGAGACUACUGUGGCCUGGCCGUCUGGGAUACCCCCACCUCCAGGACAUGGCUGGACGCCUCCAAAGAGAUCCGGAAACAGGUGGCAGAUUAUACAUACGAGUUCACUUUCAACGUGAAGUUCUACCCUCCUGAUCCAGCUCAGCUCACAGAAGACCUCACCAGGUACUACCUGUGUCUACAGCUGCGUAAAGACAUCCUGAGUGGCCUGCUGCCAUGCUCCUUUGUAACUCUGGCCAUGCUAGGCUCCUACACGGCCCAGUCUGAGCUGGGGGAGUAUGAUCCAGAGGUCCACGGCUCUCACUACACCAAGGAGCUGAGGCUGGCCCCGGGACAGGGCAAAGAGCUGGAGGACAAGGUCAUGGAGUUGCACCGCACAUACAGAUCCAUGAGUCCAGCCCAGGCAGACAUGUUGUUUCUGGAGAAUGCCAAGAAGCUGUCUAUGUAUGGAGUGGAUCUGCACCAAGCCAAGGAUCUUGAGGGUGUGGACAUCACUCUAGGGGUGUGUUCUGGUGGUCUCAUGGUAUAUAAGGACAAGCUGAGGAUCAAUCGUUUCCCCUGGCCCAAAGUCCUCAAGAUCUCCUACAAGCGAAGCAGCUUCUUCAUCAAGAUUCGUCCCUCUGAACAAGAACAGUAUGAGAGCACAAUCGGCUUCAAGCUGCCCAACUACAAGGCCUCCAAGAAGCUGUGGAAGGCCUCAGUGGAACACCAUACCUUCUUCAGGGUGUCGUCCGUGGAGCCCCCGUCGUCCCGCUCCCGGUUCCUGGCGCUGGGGUCAAAGUUCAGGUACAGUGGCCGUACCCAGGCCCAGACCCGCCAGGCCAGUUCCAUGAUCGCCCGGCCCGCCCCGCGCUUCACCCGGUCCGCCAGCAAGAGGCUGUCCCGCACCAUCGACGAAGCUGGAGAUGAUGAUCUCCAAGCCUCGCAGCUCUCUGCUAGGCCAAACAAGACCGAGGAUGACGAUUGGUUCUUCAUGCUGGGAUCUGACCAACCCCAGACUUUCUUUUCACCAGCCAGAGGGGGGGAGACUUUCUCUGUGGAGACUUCUACUCAGAGCUGGGAUGAUGGCAAGUCUGUCCAGACAGUCAGACAGGCAUGGCAGGAGACUGAGACAGGCCAGACGGUCAGUCGGACUGUCAGUCAGACAUGGCAGGGACGAGUGACUGAUGAACAGCAGCAGGGGAGACUGGAGGAGGAGAAAGAGGAGGAUUGGUUUGUCCUGCUGGGCAGACGACCCUCCCUUCCCUAUGUCCCCUACCCCAUGAUGAAACCGCCAGUCAAAUACCGCUCUGCCCAGGUGGCAAAGGUGGCCACGGCCAACAUUCUGGAGAGGCUGCUACAGCCAAGGCAGGAACAAAGUGAUGACUGGGUCAUGCAGUUGGACCGCAGCUUUGAGUUUGCAGACACACCUCCAUUCUCUCCCCCAGUCUCCCUGGAGAAGGAGGAGACUAGGCAGGAGAGGAGGGAGGUGAUCAAGAGGCUCCAGGAAGGGGUGUUCCUGGUGGAGAAGCUGAGGGAGGUAGAGGUGCUGGAUGAGAGACUGAGGGAGGUGAAGGUUUUGGAAGAACGGCUGCAGGAGGUGGAUGAGCUGGAGGAGAGGAUACAGGAGGAGGUGGAGGCCAGGCAGCAGGAGGAGGAGGAGGGAGGGGUAGAAGUAGAGGAGGAGGUGGUAGAGGCAGCGGAAGAGAAUGUGGAGGAAGUAGAUGAGUUGGAGGAGCAGAUAAAGGAGGUGUUUCUCAAAGGAUUGCUGCCAGAUGAGUCAGGGGAAGAUGAGGGACUAAAAGAGGAGAGUAUGGAAGAGGCAGAGGAAUCUGAAGAAGGGUGGUCAAAUGUGGCGAGCACCUCCUCUGUGGUACGGAGAGUAGACUUGAGGACCCAGAAUAGUGUGACUAUAGUGAAAGAGAUGAGGCAACAAGAAGGAGGGAUGGAGGAGGAGACGGUGGAACAGGUGGCGGUUUCAGACGAGGGAUUGAAAGAGGAUGAAGGAUGGUUAGAGGAGAGGAAGCAUCAGGCUUUGGUGGAAGGGUUGACAGAGGGGCUUGAGGAAAGGAGAGGAGAGAUAAGAGUGGAAAGGAGGAGGAAGAAGGUGACUAUAGUGACACAGGAUGAGAGUCUUCCAGAUGAACUAGAGAAGAAAGCAUCUGAGAAGUUGUCAGAGGACCAGAUAGGAGGCCAUUUUUAUAAAGAGGGACAACUUAUGGUGAAAUUCAAUGAACUAUUUGCGGCAGAGAAGUUAGGGUUACCGAUAGUUACAAUUCAGCAGGAGUGGCUCCAAGAACAGGAAAAGGUCAGGGAGGAGAAACAGGAGAGAGUGGAACAGGUGAAGGUUUCAGGCGAGGGGUUGAUAGAGGUGAAAGGAGGUCUAGAGGAUAGGAUGCGGCAGAUGUCGGAGGAAAGGUUGCCAAAGGGAGAGCAGACUGUGGUGAAAACCAAGAAAACAGUGAGAAUAAUGGAAGAAAUGAGGAGAACACAGAAGACACUCGAGGAAAAGUCAUCAGAGGACAUUUUAUCAGAGGAAAGGCUGGGUGAUGGUUUUUAUACAGAGGGGGAAGUUUUGGUGAAAUUCAGAAAGGAUGUGGAGAGGGUUCCACAUAGAGUCAGACAAAUGGGGAAGCCCCAAGAAGAAGAAGAAGAAGAAGAGGUAGUGGAAGUGAAUAUGCAGCCAUCUCAGCCAGAAGACAAGGACGAUUGGGUUGUGCUGCUGGACAGCCUCCCACACAAGACUCUUUAUAAGCCUCCAGUCAUGCCAGCCGACUCCGCUCUGGUGCCUGUGGUCUCCACAAGAUUCUCUGUGGUGUUAGUAGACACGGUCGAGCAGAGAGCACCAGAAAGGGAAUGCAUUGAAGUGGAGGCCACACAGCAACAGCCUGAAAGGGGAUUGGUGGAAGGACGGAGACCGUGGCAAAUGCAGGAAGAUGAUUGGUUUAUGCUCUUGGACCUGGCUGAUCGUGUUCCUUCAGGUGUACCAACCACACCAGUUUCAGCUUCUUUGCAAGAGCAAGUUCAGGUGUACGUAGAUGAAACCAUCUCUUCCAUGGUUAAAGUGAUGACAGUGGUGCAGAGAGAGGAGACCAGGGUGACUGUAGUGGAGGAGAUGGAGUUACAGGAAGACCAGAGCCGUCUGGAACAGAAACCGUCACAGAGAGAGAUGGAAGAUGACUGGUUUGUUGUGCUGGACAUUGUUCCCAGAGAACCAUCUGUGAUUCCGUCAGCUUCUGUGGAAGAGCGUAUUCCGGUAUACCCUGAGGAAAGCGUCUCCUCUGUGGUUGAGUUGACGACAGUAGAGCAGAGAGAGGAGAGAAGGGUGACUGUAAUGCAAGAGGAGCGACGUCAAGAAGAAGUUAUACUUCCACCACAGCCAUCAAGAGAGAUGGACGAUGACUGGUUUGUGCAACUGGAUGUCGUGCCCAGAGAAACAUCCUAUAUACCACCAGUCGCUCCAGCAGAGCCAACACCGGUUUCUCCAGAUGUGAUCAGCCCUGUGGUUGAGGUAAAGGCUGAACAGCAGAAGCCAGUGGUGGUUCUGGUGGAGGAGAUGAGGCCACAACAGGAACGGGAAGUAGAGGAGUGGCAGCGACAACCAAAGAGAGAUGAUGAUUGGUUUACACUGUUUGCUGAUGUCCGUGAGGAGCCGAUCAUUGUACCACCAGUUGCUCUUGGUGAGCAUACUCCGGUAUAUCCAGAUUUAAGCCAGACCACCUCUGUAGUUGAUGUGACGACCAUAGAAAGAACAAUUAAGAAGAGGGUGACUAUUGUUGAAGAGAGGUGGGGACAGCAAGAGGAGAUCCUCCAGUCAGAGAUGAUCAUCCCAGAGCAGAGACCACCAGCAGAGAGAGAGGAGGGAAAUGGACGGUUUGUUCUGUUGGAUGCCGUCCGUGAAGAACGUGCUGGGGUUCCACCAGUUUCUCUGGCUGUUUGCGAUAGGGUAUACCCAGAGGUUGUGCCAGCCAAACAUCUGACAAUUGAGCCUGAACCAAGAGUGUUUGUGGUGGAAGCAGUCCAAUCACUUCCUGAAGACGUUGCCCUGGAGGGUAAGGCAACACAACCGCAGAGAGAGCAGGAUGAUGAUUGGUUUUUGAAGCUGGAUGUUGCCCCUAAAGUAGCAGCUGCACCAGUGGUGAUUUACUCUGGUGUGAGCACCACAGCUGUUACGGUGGUGAAGGAGACAGUGGAACAGAAACCACCAAAGACCGUGAGGAUCAUGGAAGAGACUGUUAAGAUGGAGGAGGGGCCUGUGGUAACACCUAAAGAAGUGGAUGAUGAUUGGUUUGUGCUCUGGGACCGCGCUCCCUCCAAGAUACUGACCACACCCAAGGCGUUCCAUGUAGACAGAGAGGUUAUAGAGCUGGUGAUUGUGGUGGAGGAAACUAGGAAACCACAUAGAGUGGUGGAGGACAGACGUCAACCGGAGGUUGAACUGGUGAAAACACUGCCUCCCCAAGAGAGAGGGGAGGGUGAUGAUUGGUUCACGCUCUUUGAAGCCUCUCGCCAAGAGCCUGUGAAAAUGCCAACAGUUGCUGUGGUAACUAGACCUGCCCCUGUGGUUGAUGUGAUGGUGACGAGCACAGAGCAGAGAACCCAGAAAAGGGUGACGAUAGUGGAGGAGAGGUGGAGAGAGGAGAGGACCCUGCAGCAGAGACUGCCUCAGAGACAGAGAGAGGUGGACGAUGACUGGUUUGUUCUGCUGGAUGCUGCCCCUAAAGAAUUAGUUGCUCACCGUGAGCGUCUCCAGGUCUAUACUGACAUAACUGUGGUCAAAGGUCGAGCCGCUCAGCCCAAACCCAGAGUGGUGGUUGAGGAGGAGAAGAGACCAGCACAACCCCAGAGAGAUGUGGAUGACCAUUGGUUUGUGUUGCGGGAUAAAAAAUCGGUUGCAGUGGUGGCCACCCACAAGGCCGCCCGUCCGGUCAGCGCCCCAGUCUUCUCCCAGGCAGCCCUGAUGGAGGCAGGGAUCCCCAUGGCCCCCCUGGACCUCCAGCAGCCCCAGACCUCCACCCCCAUCAGGCUGCCAGCCCGCCAGGACGACAGGAAGCUGCAGGUCACCGUGGAGGCAGUGGACGAGGGCUCAGCCGAGGUCAAGUCUGAGCAGACGGACACUGAGGAGCCGGUUCAAAUGAGGAAGAAAAGAGCUAAGAGAACUGAGGGUGACUCAAUUUAUAUCAGACAUAGUCUUUUAAUGUUGGAGGACUUUGAGAAGCCCCAGGAGGAUCUCAUCAGGCAUCAUACUAGUAUCAGUGAGCUGAAGAGGAACUUCAUGGCGUCUGUCCCAGAGUCCCGGGGGCCCAGCGAAUGGGACAAGCGCCUGUCCACUCACUCCCCCUUCCGCAGCCUGGGCAUCAACGGACAGCCUUUACCUGAUGCCGACGGGAGUGUGUGUAUUACUCCUAUAAGGGAAGAGCUGGACACUAAGGCAGCGCUACAACAGGACGAGUCCAGCAGCACUGGAAGACCAUCGGGGGGGCCCAGCCCCAGCCCUGCUAGCACAGAAACUGGGCCUGAUAGGGUUGACUCCAAAUCCCAUGAUGCACCUGGGGUGGCAGGGCCAUGUGAUCAGGAUGAUGAGCAUGUUAGCUCUGGGACCACCACCAGCCACGUACCUGUCGUUGAGGUGGAGAGGGCACAGCUGCCCCACUCCUAUCAGCUCCAGGGUACAGUGCUGGAGGAGGAGGAGCCGGCAGACCCAGGGUCAAGGGGGGAGCAGUCUGGGAGGAUAACUGGAGCCUCCCACACCUCCUAUUUCGUGAGCGGUGUUCCACAUGUCAUACGCUGUUUCCAGCCCCCUCUGGUGCAGACCCAGACAGUCACCAUCACAGACGUGUCCAACUCCCUCCCUACUGACGUCUCCACUAAGGAUGUCCCUAUCGUUCAGACCCAGACUAUCAGCUACGAGUCUGCAGAGGUGUCAGUUGAUGGGACAGACGGGGGGAAAGAGGCCACAGCACUGAGCAGCAUUCAGUCCAUUACCUCAGAGAGCAGCAGGGAAACCAGUGGCACCUCCAUUACUACCACCACCACUCACAUCUCCAAGGUGGUGAAAGGAGGAGCGUCAGCGACCAGAGUGGAGAAGAGGAUCGUCAUCACUGCCGACUCAGAGGAUGACCAGGGAAGUGACGGCGGAGCAACAGCAAUGUGAUUCAGCUCAACACACAGUCAGGGAGCCCUAUGGAUCUGAUGCUCAAGACACCAGAGCUUUGUAGUACAGACUAACCUCCCUGUCCCAGAGCCACUCACACCUCCUCAACCCAUAUGGACAUUGUGUCCUGACUGGUCCCCUCCAGAACCACUGUUGUUGCAUCUCUUGACCAGAGCCCUGGUUUAAAGUAGUGCAUUAUAAAGGGAAUAUGGUGCCAUUUGGGAUGCAUCCUGGUGUCUCCCUGCCCAGUGGGAUAUGAACAGGCCAGGGAGAAAGCCUAUUGUGUCCUCUCUUUCCAUACUGCUGUUUUGACUGUAUGGUGGCUUCAUUUUGGUCUAUUCCACUCAAACUUCAUAUUUCGCCAAAUUACUAUUUUUUUUAUUAUUAUAGUAGGAAAGAUGAACCAUUUCAGUUCUAAGAGCAUUUAGGUCAUUUGCGUUUAAAUGUUUAUUUACAACAUAUUUUUCUGUCGUUUUGUAUUGCUACUACUGUGUCAUUGAGUUUAAGUGUGGACUCGGCGAUAUGACGGAGAUGCAGAAAGUAAACAGCAUAGUGGGUCAAUUUCAGCCAAACAACUAAGAGCGUUGAAGCGAGAGGCUCGACUUCUCCGCUGUUUUGGUGCCAUGGUUCCAACGCUGUGAACAGAGUGAAGUGAACCCGUGCACAUGCGCAGAUACUGUGUGAGAGCAAAGUCUUGCAUCUCGCUCAUCUCUGUAUCUGCGGUGCUGGUCGAGGCAACGGCAUUUUACUGAGUCUCCUUUUAACAUGCUCAUUUUGACAGAAAUGCACUGUUUUCAACCGGGCUUUAAGUAAUAACAUUAUCAGACUUUUUCAAUCAGAUUAAGAUGCUGGACAGAAAGGAGAUGUAUUUUUGGAAAGGGAUAACUAACUCCUUUUUCAAUCAGAUUAAGAUGCUGGACAGAAAGGAGAUGUAUUUUUGGAAAGGGAUAACUAACUCCUUUGAGUUUGUUUAUGUUUAUAAUUGAGGAAUAUUCUUUUUUUUUAUUGAAUAUUCAAAUUGAAAUGACAUACCUCACUUAAAAGUAUUGAACAAAGAUAUUGCAUACUCCAACAACCUGCCUGUUUUGGAUUUGUUCUCUGCUCAGGUCAAAUAUCUCUUACUUAACCAGCCAUGUUAACAUGUGUAAUACUACUAGGUCAGGCCACGAUGACCCUCGGUAUAAACUUUGACAUGAUGACAACUAUCUGUUUUGAAAUGUUUACUCUAUUUUAUAGCAUUACUGCUUUUAUAGUAUUUGUACAAAAUGAGGUGUUUAAGUUAUUGAAGUUCAUAUCCUACUCAAAUCAAGUCUUUUUUUUUUUUCCCAGCUUGAAUUUGGGAGUGCCCCUAUGUUUCCCAGUACAUAUGCAGCAUUGUUUCUUCUUCCUCUUUUAACGCACCAUUGACCUCUAGAACUGCCCCAUGCAGUCUAAUGUGAGAGCAAUGGAAAGUCCCGCCGGGUUUUGUCCCUGAAAAUAAUUUUUGAUAGAAACGUGAUUGAUUUUCAAACCUGUUGUUGAUUUGAUGAAACAAUGCUUUAGUCUGUUUCUCAGGUUGUAUGUCUUUAUCAAUACUGCAGGACAAAACCCCUCUGUAUAUGAUUGUAUGAAGAAUGUUCAGUCUUGAUGUACAUUCUAGCCCUGCAGAUGGGUCCAAAUGAUUCUCAGCUCUUAAACACAGUAGUUCCUGUGCAAGAUGUAUUCAUCACUAUCAAAAGGCAGCUGUCCCAGUGUAUGUGGCUUUUCUUUCAUACAGGGGAACAUAUUUAGUCCUUUUGUACAUGUUCUACCAUCAUUUCUUUGUAAAGUAGAGACUGUUUCAUGUGAUUCUUUGUACUGGGAUGUUUUUUAAAACACGAGCCUGUUCGCAGGCUUUUAGACACAGUCACAUUCAUAAUAAUCAUCUAGUUUGUAAAUCUUUCUUACCACCUGUUUUAGAGUAGAUUCCUCUACCAGUUGCUGUACCCUGUCCUUUUGUAGAUCAGAUAAAGAUACUUGUAUGAGAACCCUUUUAGAGAAUGACAAUUGGUAGCAGACCUUUCUUCCCCUCUGAAGAAGUUUGUGAAGGUGGCACAAACUAUUAGCUAGAAUGAUCUUGAGGGCAUAAACUAGAAUCUCAGCGGAACCCUUCGUUUUUAGAUAUGUCAACUUAUUGCUUUUGUGACAUAUCCCUGUCUUUAAAAUGAAAUAAAAUCAGGAUGAAUUAUCAA